CUAUUAUGGGUUGCAGAGAAUGGAGAUGAUGCGGUAGUACGCAUGCUUCUUGCGAGGGAUGAUGUUGAUCCGGACUUGAAGGACUGCUCCGGCCAGACGCCGCUGUCGCGGGCGGCCGUGAACGGGCACGAGGCCGUGGUCAAGCUGCUGCUCGAGGCCGGCAAGGUCGACACCGACUCGAAGGACAACUCCGGUCAGACGCUGCUGUCGCGGGCGGCUAGGAACGGACACGCCGCCGUGGUCAAG